AUGGGUAAUGACGGUGGCAGUAUUCCGACUCGCCGUGAGCUCGUCCGCGAAGCAGCCCGUGCCCCGAGCACGGCGCAAGUAAAAGAAACUCAGCGCGAGCAGCAAGAACACUCCUGGACUACCUGUCCCCUCUCACACAAGUCCCUAUCACGGCCAAUUGUAUCAGACUCAGUCGGGAAUCUUUACAACAAGGAUGCUAUACUCCAGUUCCUGCUCCCCGGCGACGAUGUCGAGGGCAUUAGCUCCAAGGCCGACUGCGAAGAGAUCCUGUGCGGACGAGUGAAGUCGCUCCGGGAUGUGGUCGAGGUGAAAUUCGAAGUCGACACAGAGCUCACCGAGCACCCUUCAGGCCGUGCUUUUGCGCCAAGUGAGCGCCGCGAGGGCUGGAUCUGUCCAAUCACCGCAAAGCCGUUGGGACCGAGUGUGAAGUCUGUGUACUUGGUGCCGUGUGGACAUGUGUUUACGGAGGAGGCCAUCCGACAGCUUAAAGGCGACAAGUGCUUGCAGUGCAACGAAUCCUACACCGAAGAUAACAUCAUUAACAUCCUUACCACCAAAAAGGAAGACAAGGAGCGUUUGAUGGCACGCGGCCAGAAACUUGCCGAGCAAGGCCUCACACACUCCCUCAAAAAAGCUCCCGGCUCAAAGAAGCGCAAGAAGAACGCCACCGCCGAGGGUCCGACUGAUGCCGCCGGCCCCAUUGAGCCUGCUGGCUUGGUAGUACCCAAAGUGCCUAAGCCAUCCGCAGAUCCUAAAAGCCGAAGCAACACUUCCACACCAGUGCCUAGUACUGCUUCUGGCAAUGGAAUCAAGAACGCUGCUACUUCUUCGCUCACUGCUCGUGUGUUGGCGGAAGAGAAUGAGAAGAAGAAGCGCCGGAAGAUGAUGGGUGGGAAUGAGAAUAUCGACAGUCUUUUCACCAAGAAGGACGGCGGGUCUAAGAAUCGUGAUUUCAUGACCAGAGGUUUUUCUAUAUCAUGA